AUCCAUCCGAACCAUUUUUAUUCUAAUCGCUAGGGUUUCUCUUCUCUGCCGAAACCAAACUAGGGUUUACAGCCACUCUGAGCAAAUCUCUCUCGGACUCUUGAUUCCGCUUGAGUCAGAUUUGUCAAGAUGUAUACGUCAAGGAAGAAGAUUCACAAGGACAAGGAUGCUGAACCUACUGAAUUUGAAGAGUCAGUUGGACAGGCAAUCUUUGAUUUGGAAGCAAACUCGGACCUGAAAAGUGAACUGAAGGAUCUAUAUAUAAAUUCAGCUGUUCAAGUUGAUGUGGCUGGGAACCGGAAGGCGGUUGUUAUCCACAUACCAUAUAGACUUAGGAACGCUUAUCGCAAGAUCCAUGUUCGGAUUGUGAGGGAGCUAGAGAAGAAAUUCAGUGGAAAGGAUGUAGUUCUGAUCGCCACACGGAGGAUAGUGAGGCCUCCGAAGAAAGGGUCUGCUGUCCAACGGCCCCGCACUCGUACUCUAACUGCUGUGCAUGAGGCAAUGUUGGAGGAUGUGGUUUUGCCUGCUGAGAUUGUUGGGAAACGAACUAGAUAUCGACUUGAUGGGUCCAAGAUAAUGAAGGUUUUCUUGGAUCCUAAGGAACGAAACAACACGGAGUACAAGCUGGAGAGCUUUUCAGCAGUUUACAGGAAGCUUUCAGGAAAAGAUGUUGUGUUUGAGUACCCAAUAACUGAUGCAUAGAAAUAUUGUGCGAUGGUGCCUUCCAAAUACCUGCCCCUUGUCUUUAUAUUUUCUAAGAUUUUCUGCUCAUUAGGCAGUCAAUUCAAAAUUUUGAUGUUGAGGGCGUGGUGUGGGGUGCCUUUGGAAGGAUUUUGGUCUCUUCAAUAUUAGCACAUUUAAGUUGGGUGAUAUCAGUUAAUGUAGCAUUUUUUGUUUUCUCUU